UUCCGCGUUCUCGCACGGAAUCCGUUUACAUACACACAUUCAUACACAUAGUCUCACACACUGAAGGGGGGCCUUGAACGACUCCUCUUCGACUGUCAGGGAAACUUGCCGUCUAAGGAAACGCAAACAUCUGCGAAUAAAUAAACCCGCUGUUAAUCCGAGAGCUGCACAAGGCCCCCUCCCCCGAAAUAUUGUAGGAAGAGAGAGAGUCGAUUUCUUUACGAGAGCGAUGGCGGACUCGGGUAGCAGCGCGGCGGCAGCCGGAGCCACAGGCUCAAAUAGCAGUGCCGCCGGGGCUGGCGGAGCUGUUGCGCCUGGGGGAGCGACUGGAGCUGCGGGAUCCAAACCCGGCCUGGAGUCGGUGAAGGGACAAAAUUUUGACGUUGGCCCCCGUUAUACUGACCUUAUGUACAUCGGGGAGGGGGCCUAUGGAAUGGUUUGCUCUGCCUUUGACAAUGUGAACAAGAUCCGUGUGGCCAUCAAGAAGAUCAGCCCUUUCGAGCACCAGACCUACUGCCAGCGCACACUGAGGGAGAUCAAGAUCUUGCUUCGGUUCCGCCACGAAAACAUCAUCGGCAUCAAUGACAUCCUGAGAGCACGCCGCAUUGAGUACAUGAGGGAUGUCUACAUCGUCCAGGACCUGAUGGAGACGGAUCUGUACAAGCUCCUGAAGACGCAGCAGCUGAGCAACGACCACAUCUGCUAUUUCCUCUACCAGAUCCUGAGAGGGCUUAAGUACAUCCACUCCGCCAAUGUGCUGCACAGAGACCUGAAACCCUCCAACCUGCUCAUUAACACCACCUGCGACCUCAAGAUCUGUGACUUUGGGCUGGCGCGAAUCGCCGACCCAGAACACGAUCACACAGGAUUCCUCACAGAGUACGUGGCCACUCGCUGGUACCGCGCUCCCGAGAUCAUGCUGAACUCCAAGGGCUACACAAAGUCCAUUGACAUCUGGUCGGUCGGCUGCAUCCUGGCGGAGAUGCUGUCCAACAGGCCCAUUUUCCCUGGGAAGCACUACCUGGAUCAGCUCAACCACAUACUAGGAAUCCUUGGCUCACCCUCUCAAGAAGAUUUGAAUUGCAUCAUUAACAUGAAAGCCAGAAACUACCUGCAGUCGCUGCCUCAGAAACCCAAAAUCCCCUGGAACAAACUCUUCCCCAAGGCCGACAGCAAAGCUCUGGAUCUGCUGGACCGCAUGUUGACUUUCAACCCCAUAAAACGCAUAACGGUGGAGGAGGCCCUCGCCCACCCAUAUCUGGAACAGUACUAUGACCCGACUGAUGAGCCAGUGGCCGAGGAGCCGUUCACCUUUAACAUGGAGCUUGAUGACCUGCCCAAGGAGAAACUGAAGGAGCUCAUCUUUGAGGAGACGGCACGUUUCCAGGCCAACUAUCAGGGCUCCUGAGAGACAGUUGUGAAGGAGAUCGACCAAGCCGCCAGGAGGCUAAGAACAAGAUAACUCCAGAUGAGCUACAACAACAUAUACAUACAUAUAAUGGUAUACAAAACA